GUUUAAUUUUUUUUUUUUCUUUUAAAAAAAAACUCUUUUCUUCUAUACAAUAAUGUCAAGUCAAGAUUCCAUUAGUGUCCUUUUUGUUUGUCUCGGCAAUAUUUGUCGCUCACCCAUGGCUGAAGCUGUGUUUGCUCAUACUGUGAAACAACAUGGUUUAAAUGACAAGAUUAGCAAGAUUGAUUCAGCAGGUACUGCUUCUUAUCAUGUUGGUAGUGUUCCCGACAGUCGCAGUACUUCCACUUGUAAAUCUCACGGUGUCCCAGUCAAGCAUCAUGCCAGAAAGGUCACCAAGAAAGAUUUUGAUAAUUUUGAUUACGUGCUUUGCAUGGAUGAAUCCAAUUUGAGUGAUUUAAAGAGAAUUCAACCUAAUGGAUCGAAAGCCGUGUUAAAGUUAUUUGGAGAAUUCGAUCCUCAGGGUGAGCGUAUCAUUGAAGAUCCUUAUUACGGUGGCAAUGAUGGUUUCGAGCAUAAUUUCAAGCAAGUGUCAAGAGCUAGUGAAGGACUUUUAAAAUCGCUCCAACUCAUCGGUUAAUUCUUUGCAUAUCAUCGAUGCAGAAAAAUUACAAUUUAAUAUAUAAAAUGAGGCGUAUUAUUUUAUUUUUCAUUCCAUUC